AUGCACUCGUUGUUGUGUCUCAAUCUUGAUCUAUCGGCCAUAUAUCAAUGUCUUCGGCAGGGAUAUGAAACACAUCCAUCUGCACCAGAGAAUGUGACCGUUGUGGAUAUUGGUGAGGAUUGGGUUAAAGUUGAAUGGGCUGAACCGAGUGCAAACGCGCAUUUGGUUCAGUCAUUCUCUUUGUUCAUAAGGAAAGAUGAUCGCGACGCAAAAAUUAUUGAAGUGCAAAACGUGACCUCACCGCACAUUGAGUAUGGUCUAGAGACAGAUACUGAAUACACGUUAUUCGUACAAAGUCAUGGCGCUGCCGGGGACAGUCUUAUGUCCACAGCGCAAGUGUUUCUCACACAACCACUGCAGACAUCCAUAUGCACUCAUGGGCAACCACUGUUCCAUCCGAACGGAAAUCGCUACCACUGUGGUGCGGGUAUUCGCAAUUGUCCAGCUGGCUACCAGUGCAUUGUUUCUGGCCAAACCGAAACUGAUACAUACUGUUGCCCGAAACGUUAG